ACCCGGAAGUAGUGUGAAGGUCUUUGGCGAUGGUUGGAGUUUAGGUAACAUUUCAUGGUUGUGGGCCCAUCAUCAAUGUGAAAAUGGGUGUCAAGAUAGAGAUGUUUAGAAUGAUGCUGUAUCUGUCCUUUCCCGUGACCAUGUUCUGGAUCUCAAAUCAAGCAGAGUAUUUUGAGGAGUACAUAGUAAAGAGAAAGAGGGAGAUUUUCCCCCCUGACGAGCAACUGCAUAGAAGAGAGUUGGAGGACUUCAAAGAGCGAAUGCGUCUUCGUAAGGAGCAGCGAUUAUUAAAACAGAUGUCUUCAGAAUCUGAGAACUGAAGAUUGAGUUUUGAAGAAAUGCAUAAAUUCCCAGCACCACCAAUGCAGGAUUGGUUGGACAGAAAGGCACUGGAAAUCCCUGCGAUUUUAACACAUCCCAGAGGUGUUAUUCCAGGGACUACUUUUUCCUAAUACUCCUGUUUAAUUUACAUGUGUGAUUUUUUUUUCACAUAAGACUUUUCAAAUAACAUAAUUCUGUGUGUUUGAACAUCUGAUCAGUUGAGACGCUGCUGUGAUUGCAUAAAGUAAUUAUUUGCAUUAUAAAUCCAGUUGGAUCUAUUUUAAAUGUCAUGUUUCUUUCUGAGAUGCAGUGCCUAUAAAGUGUAUUGAUUUCCUCUGAUUUGUCAUUGUUUAGUUUCUGCACUAGUUUUAUCUCAGUGGAUGUAAUUUGGCAUUUUAGACACUCAUCAACUCACAAAAUCUAUAUAAACUGAUCUAAAUCAAGCACAAACAUAAAACACAAAGUGACUGAUUGCAAAAAUAUUCACCCCUUUAAAUCAGUAUUUGAAGGGGUGAAUAUCAGAGGUACACGUGGCAGCAACUACUGCCUUUAGCAUAUGUUAUAAAGUCUGGGUAGCUUUAGCUUUAUGUUCUGGGUUGUCUUAUUGAAAAAUGAAAUGUCCCUCAAGUCACAGUUCACAUAUAGACUGCAGCAGGUUUUCUUCUGUAAUUUAUCUCUAUUUUGCAGCAUUCAUUUUAAAUGAAAAACAAUUGCCUACACCAGUGAGGAUUUGGCUUUGUCAGUUGUGAUACUAUGACAAAAAAUAAAAUCUUGUUUUUUCUGUCUACCACUGUUGUAAAAGCCUAAUUAUAUCCACUGUGUUGUUGUUUAAAAAAGGUGAAGGGCUGGGGGGAAUCAACACUAUAGGCACUGGUUAUGUGUAUACUUCUUGUAAACAUGUUAUUUUAAUGAUUUUUUCAUUAAAGUAAUGACUGGCUUUGUUUCA